AUGCCAGCCAUCGGAAUUGAUCUGGGCACGACGUACUCGUGCGUCGGCGUGUUCCAGCACGGCAAGGUUGAGAUUAUCGCCAACGACCAGGGCAACCGCACCACGCCCAGCUAUGUUGCCUUCACGGACUCUGAGCGCCUGAUUGGCGACCCGGCCAAGAACCAGGUGGCCAUGAACCCAAGCAACACCGUCUUCGACGCCAAGCGCCUCAUCGGCCGCAAGUUCAACGAGACCGCCGUGCAGAGCGACAUGAAGCACUGGCCCUUCACCGUCGUCGAGGUCGACGGCCGCCCCAAGAUCCAGGUCGAGUACAUGGGCGAGACAAAGCAGUUCUUCCCCGAGGAGAUCUCCUCCAUGGUCCUCGUCAAGAUGAGGGAGAUUGCCGAGGCCUACCUCGGCUCCGAGGUCAAGGACGCCGUCGUCACCGUCCCCGCCUACUUCAACGACUCCCAGCGCCAGGCCACCAAGGACGCAGGCACCAUUGCCGGCCUCAACGUCCUCCGCAUCAUCAACGAGCCCACGGCCGCCGCCAUCGCCUACGGCCUCGACAAGAAGGGCCAGGCUGAGGCCCACGUCCUCAUCUUCGAUCUCGGUGGUGGCACCUUCGAUGUGUCCGUCCUGUCCAUCGACGACGGCAUCUUCGAGGUCAAGUCCACUGCCGGUGACACCCACCUUGGCGGCGAGGACUUUGACAACCGCAUGGUCAACCACUUUGACCUGUGCGCCGACCUCUUCCGCGGCACCCUCGACCCCGUCGAGAAGGCUCUGCGCGACGCCAAGCUCGGCAAGGGCGAGAUUGACGAGGUCGUCCUCGUUGGCGGCUCCACCCGCAUCCCCAAGAUCCAGAAGCUGCUGCAGGACUUCUUCAACGGCAAGGACCUGAACAAGAGCAUCAACCCCGACGAGGCCGUCGCCUACGGUGCCGCCGUCCAGGCCGCCAUCCUCUCCGGCGACAAGUCCGAGGAGGUGCAGGACCUCCUCCUGCUCGAUGUCGCCCCGCUCUCCCUUGGUCUGGAGACGGCCGGCGGUGUCAUGACGUCGCUCAUCAAGCGCAACACCACCAUCCCCACCAAGACCUCCCAGACCUUCACCACCUACUCCGACAACCAGCCCGGUGUGCUGAUCCAGGUGUACGAGGGCGAGCGCUCCAUGACCAAGGACAACAACCUCCUCGGCAAGUUUGAGCUGUCCGGUAUUGCCCCCGCCCCACGCGGUGUGCCCCAGAUUGAGGUCACCUUCGACAUUGACGCCAACGGCAUCCUGAACGUGUCUGCGCAGGACAAGGCCUCUGGCAAGUCGAACAAGAUCACCAUCACCAACGACAAGGGCCGCCUGUCCAAGGACGACAUUGAGCGCAUGGUGCAGGAGGCCGAGAAGUACAAGGCCCAGGAUGAGGCCAUGAAGGAGAAGGUCAACGCCAAGAACGGCCUCGAGUCUUACGCCUUCAACCUCAAGUCCACCGUCGACGACGAGAAGUUCAAGGACAAGAUCAGCGACGACGACAAGAACACCAUCAAGGCCAAGUGCGACGAGGUCCUCGCCUGGCUCGACUCCAACCCGUCUGCGGAGAAGGACGAGAUUGACCACCAGCAGAAGGAGCUCGAGGGCGUUGCCAACCCCAUCAUGAGCAAGCUGUAUGCCGAGGGUGGCGUGCCCGGCGGUAUGCCCGGUGGCAUGCCCAACCAGGGUGGCCCCGCCCCGUCCACCGACGAGACGACUGGCCCCACCAUCGACGAGGUCGACUAA